GGCAUGUCAGGACCUAGGCCCGUGGUGCUGAGUGGGCCUUCAGGGGCUGGGAAGAGCACCCUGCUCAAGAAGCUGCUGCAUGAGCACGGCGCCAUCUUUGGGUUCAGCGUGUCCCAUACCACGAGGGAUCCGCGGCCUGGUGAGGAGAAUGGCAGAGAUUACUACUUUGUGACCAGAGAGGUGAUGCAACGGGAUAUCGCUGCCGGUGACUUCAUCGAGCAUGCCGAAUUCUCUGGAAACCUUUAUGGCACCAGCAAGGAGGCGGUGCGGGCGGUGCAGGCCAUGAACCGCAUCUGCAUACUAGAUGUGGACCUGCAGGGCGUGCGCAACAUCAAGGCAACUGACCUGCGGCCCAUCUACAUCUCUGUGCAGCCACCCUCGCUGGAUGUGCUGGAGCAGCGAUUGCGGCAGCGCAACACCGAGACUGAGGAGAGCUUGGUCAAGCGGCUGGCAGCCGCCCAGGCAGACAUGGAGAGCAGCAAGGAGCCUGGCCUGUUUGACGUGAUCAUCAUCAACGACAUCCUGGACAAGGCCUAUGAGGAGCUCAAGGAGGCACUCUCCGAGGAAAUCAAGAAAGCUCAAGGGGUCGGCCAUGCUUGAAGAGGCCCACUGUCACUGCCCUGUGCCCUCAGUGCAGUCCCUCCUGGCCCCAGGAGCUGCCUGCUAGGGUACCCAGGAACCAUGCGGGACC